AUGGAGUUGCAAUUUGAUACUAGUACUUGUAGCUUCGAAGAAAGAUUCGAAACAAGUGUAAAGGCUGUUCUGCCACGGCUUGGUUUGGCUGAAUUAAAACCAGAACAAAAGUGGGCAUUGUUUUAUUUGAUAUCUGGAAAAGAUGUGUUUGUAAGCCUUCCAACUGGCUAUGGCAAGUCCGUAAUCUAUCAGCUUGCACCUUUGGUUGUAGAAGCAAUGGCACAGUUAGAUGAUAAAACGCGAACUGCAAUUGUACUGGUUAUUUCUCCGCUAGUGUCCACAAUGAAUGAUCAAGUAAAAUAUCUAAAGCAUAAAGGCAUCAUUUAUUGGGAAGGAACAAGAUGUUGA